GGCGCAGUUGCAUUUGAGAGAUAGAGAUGAAUGGGAUGAAAGCUGGGGCAUCGUUGGAUUCGUUGAUGUGUUCCUUCAAUGGCCGCAUAGCUCAGCUUCAGGAGCUGGUGAUUGCAAGAAACAUGUACCCGGCCAGCAGCAUGGCGGAUCUGUCGGCGGUGGAGGCUGCGGUGAGUGCAAUGGAGCUUCAGGUGCAAGCUAUCAAGGAUCGCUUGCGAGAAGAGGCACAAGCCAUUCCCAAAACCAAGAAACUGAUUGAUGCAUCACUGCGGCAGCAAAAGAAACUGCAGAAUAUGUCUCUUCGUCUUCCCUUCCAAAUGGCUGAUAGAGUGACAGUGUCAAAUUUGGAAACUAGUAGAUGUUUGUUUCCUGAAUUUUCUGCACAAGACACUGGAGCAUUUGAGGCUUUGAAGCUUGAUGAGGAGCCUGCAGCAGCACCUAAGGAGAAAAAGGGCCGUGGUUCUCCACCAAUGUGGUAUGUUACUGGAAGUGAACUAGAUUCCUUGUCAUCAUACAUGAGAGGUAGGCUUACACUUGAGAAGGUGAAUGCAGCAAUCAAUGAUAUGGCGUCCUACGCUGAAGCAAAUGCUCAACUUAUUGUUGCCCCCAAAAAGAAGUUGGCAGAAAAUCUUUGGGAAAAAGCACUGGAAAUAAGAGAUAUUGCAACCAUGGAAGGGAUUAAGGGAAAACACUUUUUUCUUGAAGCUGACAUUAAAGGACCAUCACUGAAACUUGACAACACUGGAAAAGCAAUACUGACGGUUCUUCGUCACCUUGGCCGCAUUAAUGAGACUCGUGUUGGACAUCAUCGUGUCCUCAUUCUACAAAAGCCUCACUGAAAGGCUUGGCUGUAGAUAGAUUCUGAGUAUUUCAUGUCUGUGUGUAUACAAGGAAGAAAUUUAA